AUGUCGCGCAUUAUCACCAUUAUUGGCGCAACCGGCAACCAAGGCGGUUCUACUGCUCGCUCACUUCUUCAGAACCCCUCUUUCAAAAUUCGUGCAGUUACUCGGAAUCCUUCUUCGGACGCCAGCAAGGCAUUGGAGUCAGCUGGGGCAGAAGUGGUGCAAGGGAAUGGCUUUAACCAUGAGGAAAUGCUUCGCGCCUUUAAUGGUGCAUGGGGUCUCUACCUUAACCUAAACUCAGACGAUGAGAUAUGGAGCGACCCUAACGGUCCUACUGAGUUUGACCUUAGUAAAUCAAUCAUCGACGCAGCAGCUCAGGCAGGUGUUGCACAUUUGGUUUACAGUUCUGGUCCUCCAUGCGUUGAAAUGACGGGUGGAGUCGUUAGGAUGAAGGCCAUGGAGAUGAAAUAUAAGACCGAACAAUAUGCGAAACAGAGCGGGAAGUUCCAGACUAUCACCCCUAUUAACGCUGCAUGGUACCUUGAGAACUUCCUUGCAAAGGAGAUAGCCCCCGCUUUUGGUGGUUUUCCUUUCUUCCCUGAUAAUGAGGGCUAUCUAAGCUACAAGGUUCCUCACUGGGGUGGGGAUAAUAGGGUUCCAUACUUAAGCAUUACUGAUGACUAUGGUGACAUCGUUCACGGCAUCUUUCUGGACCCUACUCGGUGGAAUGGCCAAGUUGUUCAGGCCAUGAGCGACAUGAUUACUUUUGACGAAUUGGCAGCUAACUUUGAAGAGAUCACCGGUAAAAAAUCUAGGUUCCAGCCAGUUCUCCCUUCAUGGGAGGCGUAUGACACCCACGGCGUGCCUGAAUUGGAGGAUGUUAAGCUCAUGUUUGGUUUUACCCAAAUAACUGGAGGCCGUUAUUUUGGCCCUGAGCCCUCUGAUAUAAGGGUAUCUACCGAGUUGAAGCGUGCAACCGCUAAUGCUCUAGGCAAGCCGGAAGACCAAGGCAAACUGAAGCCUUCGAAGGACUGGUUUCGGUCUCGGUUUACUUGA